UGAGGGGCCAAAGAGAUCACCAGCUCGUAACCCAGCACGGAUGGAAUGCGUGCAGGGGAGCCGGCCGGAUUCACACUCAGGACCUUUCAUCUCGAAGUCUGGCGCUGAUGCGCCAUGAGAGGGUUUCUGUUACUGUGGGGCCUGAUACCCUUUCAGCUCAGUGGGAACAGGGAAUAAUACCAUUGAAGAGAGUCAAACUGAGCCGUCACAUAUUGGAGAUGGCAGAAAUACCCCACCCUUAUACAGCAUCAGAGAGUUUGUGGGUAUUUCCAGGUACCAGCACUGUGCCCGGUUCGAAGAUGAUUUCUCUCUCCAACUUGGGUUUAACCUCACUGUAACAGUGUGAUAACAAAUCAAACCUUGGCAACUCAAGUGAUCUCAUAUCAAAUGUUGUCCUUCACCCACUGAUGGAUUUUAAAAUUUUUUACAGGUUAAAAACGACAAGGAAUUUGUCUAUGGGAAUUCAAACACAACACACCAGUUGUGCUGUCUCUGUCUAGAUAUUUAAGGAGCAACAGAUUCAAACAACCAUCCUUCCUGCUCAGACUGUGGGGAGAGAUUCACUCGGUCAUCUGACCAACUGACACGUCCGUCAUUUUACACAGGGGAGAGACCGUUCACCUGCUCAGACACUGGGAAUGGAUUCACUUGGUAAUCUCAACUGAAGCUACACACUGGGCAAGGCCAUUCAACUAUUCUGUGAGUGGGAAGGGGUUCAGUCGGUCUUCCCGCCUGUGGACACACCAGUCAGUUCACCCUGGGCAGAGGCUGGUCAUCUGCUGAAUUUGUGGGGAAGGAUUCACUCGGUCAUCUGACCUAAUGGCUCACCAGCGAGUUCACACCGAGGAGCGGCCGUUCACUUGCUCAGAAUGUGGGAAGAGAUUCACUCAGUUAUCCAGCCUACAGAGACAUCAGCGAGUUCACACUGGGGAGAAGCCGUUCACCUGCUCAGAAUGUGGGAAGAGAUUCACUCGGUCAUCCCACCUACUUGAACACCUGCGAGUUCACACUGGGGAGAAGCCAUUCUCCUGCUCAGAAUGUGGGAAGGGAUUCACUCAGUUAUCCAACCUACAGAGACAUCAGCGAGUUCACACUGGGGAGAAGCCGUUCACCUGCUCAGAAUGUGGGGAAGGAUUCACUGAUUCAUCCAGCAGACAGAAACAUCAGCGAGUUCAUAGCAGGCAGCGGCUGUUCACCUGCUCAGACUGUGGGAAGGGAUUCACUUACUCAUCUAAUCUCAAGGUACAUCAGCGAGUUCACACUGGUGACAGGCUGUUCACCUGCUCAGUCUGUGGGAAGGGAUUCAUUCAGUCAUCCAAACUACUGAGUCAUCAGCGAGUUCACACUGGGGAGAAGCCGUUCACCUGCUCAGAAUGUGGGAAGAGAUUCACUCGGUCAUCCCACCUACUUGAACACCUGCGAGUUCACACUGGGGAGAAGCCAUUCUCCUGCUCAGUCUGUGGGAAGGGAUUCACUUGGUCAUCUGGUCUCGAAAAACACCAGCAGGUUCACACUGGGUAGAGGCCGUUCACCUGCUCAGACUUGACAAAACUGUUUGACCAGGAAACAGAAAUCUGGGAGCUUUGAGCUGGAACAGCAAGAGCAAUAACCUGGAGUCCUGAAAAAGGAAGGAAAUCAAGUUGAGAUAAAAAAACAUCAAAGCAUCACUAAAAAGUUGUACUUUCACCUGCAGAGGGAAUCAGACAUGGCUGAUCAAGCUAUUGGGAAAUCAGUUGAGCAACUCAAGCUAGAGAGAAUGACAGCAAAACGAUUGUUUUCUCGUCUGGCCAACAGUAUUACCAGGACCUAUGAAGACAUGUCUGAAGAGGAGCUCAGAGUGAGUUUCAAUAAACUCACAAUAGAAGCCGAGGAAGUCAUGAAAGCCAAUGAUGAUGCGGAGGCCGGACUCACCGCAGAACGGGAGGCGGUGCUGAACACAGAGAAAGUAGCUGUGUUAACUGAACAGCAAAAAGCUGACCUGGCAAAGACGGCAAAUGAGUGUGAGUUGAAACUAAAGGAAAUCAGAAGGCUGAUCCUGGAGACUCUUUGGACCAACUUUGGAAAUGUUGAGUUGCUCAUAGCACUACAAGCAGCAGAGGAUGAAUGUGAAGACGUCACUGCUGUACAACCUGAUGGCCACCAGGAGGCGGACGGCUUCAUGCUUAACCACCUGCAAGGACUGGUAAAGACAGCGAAGGAGGUGGGAACGAUGGAACCGGCCAGGGGAUCGGAAGCACCUUCAGAGUCGCCUAAAGGGGCUCAAACACCAAAUCCCCAAGCUAGUUUCCAAGAAGGCCCACUUCAUACAGGCAAGGAGAAAGGAGGACGCUGAAAGACUAACACCGACGGCAUUGGGCUUUUCCUCCAAUUUUCCCACGCCAGCCAUCAGACUGAAACCGACGGCCCUUCACAAGUUUACUGGCAGCAUUUUCACAGGUGGAGAAAGGACUGGGAAGCACUCCAGAGGCAGAGAGAGCCAACCGGUUCAAGAGAGGUGGAAAAGGUUCAACUGCUGGACAGUCUUGACGACAAAGUCAGAAGAGACCUUCGCCUCAAAACUUAUAAAACUGCAGAUGACAUCUUCUGUGUUCUAGAAAACCGCUAUGGAAAUGGAGUGUGGAAAUCGGAAGUGGGAUAGUAUUGGCGCAGCAUGCGAGCCAAAAUGCGGGGGUUGCGGCUGCGGAAACUGCCAGCCAGGCGGCAAAGGAAUGACUCUUGCUGAAGAGAGGGAACUUGUAUACAAAUUCAUAUACAAAAAAAAAUCAAAGCAAUAGUGAUAAGGGAGAAAGAAAGGCAUGAAUAUUGACUUCUGUAACUUCUGUUAAUGCCCCUCCUCCCCUUCUUACCUCAUCCCUGACAAGCUUAGUUGCCCAUCACUCCACUUGUUCUCCAUCUCCCUCUGGUGCUCCCCUCCACCUUUCUUUCUCCCUAGGCCUCCUGUCCCAUGAUCCUUUCCCUUCUCCAGCGCUGUAUCACUUUUGCCAAUCACCUGUCCAGCUUUCAGCUUCACUCCACCCCCUCCGGUCCUCUCCUAUCAUUUUGCAUUUCCCCCUCCCCCAACUGCUUUCAAAUCUCUUAGUAUCUUUCCUUUCUGUUAGUUCUGACGAAGGGUCUCGGCCAGAGCCGUUGACAGUGCUUCUCCCUAUAGAUGCUGCCUGGCCUGCUGUGUUCCACCAGCAUUGUGUGUGUGUUUGAAUUUCCAGCAUCUGCAGAUUUCCUCGUGUUUGCACAAUAUACGAAGGAUACUUCACAUUAUGGAUCAUAUAUACAAAAAAGUAAAAUCAAAGCAAUAGUGAUAAGCGUGGAUGCUGAAAAGGCAUUUGAUUCGGUUAAUUGGAAUUUUCUUUACAGAGUUUUACAUAGAGUUGGUUUCCAUAACAAUUAUUAAAACUAUACAGGCACGAUAUGACAACCCUACCGCUAGGAUUAAAAUCAAUGGAUAUUUAAUCAAAUAGUCUUACCCUAGAAAGGGGCACAAGACAGGGUUUUGCAUGGUCAGCACUACUCUUCGCAUUAUAUCUGGAACCAUUAGCUCAAUACAUCAGACAAAGUGGGGAAUUACUAGUAAAGGGGCAGAGCAUAAAUUGGCUUGUUACGUGGAUGACAUUUUGAUCUAUCUAGGGCAACCAACAUACUCUUUACCUGAAUUGAUGCAAUCCUUUGAACAAUAUGGUCAAUUAUCAGGAUACAGGAUCAACAUAGAUAAAACCCAAUUACUUUCAUAUUACUACAGCCCAGCAAGAGAAAUUGAAAGUAGAUAACCCCGGGCAUGGCACACAGAGUCUUUCAAAUAUUUGGGCAUCAUUAUGCCAAAAGAUUAGGCAACAUUAUCAGAAUGUAAUUAUCAGCCUUUAUAUAAAAAGAACAUUAAGGAAUAUAUAGCAAGAUGGAACCCGAUUCCUUUCUUUUAGUUUCAGUUCAAGGAGUGAGUCUAUUAUAAUGAAUACACUGCCCAGACUGUUAUAGCUCUUUCAGCCCCUACCAAUAGAGAUUAAUCAAAAUCAAUUCAAUGAAUGGAACAAGAUGUUAUCAAGGUAUAUUUGGCAAGGUAAAAGGCCUAGAGUUCAUCUCAAAACUUUGCAAUUAGCAAAGGAAAAGGGUGAAUGUGGCCUCUUCGAGGUUAUUAUUUUGCAGCACAGUUGAGAGCUGUGAUGUGCUGGAGCAACCCAUCGUAUGACGCACAAAGGAAAAACAUUGAGGAGCGGGUACUUCCCAUCCCCAUACAAGCAGUUUUGGCUGAUAAUAACUUGCAAAGGUACAUAAAUACUAUUGAUAAUCCAUGGGUGAAAUUGACUCUUAAUAUGGAAAACUAUUAUAAAAGAAUAUAAUCUCGAGGGAGAUACUGCAAUUCUUCAAUGGUGUGCAUAUAACUCAGAUUUUACACCAAAUAAAUUGGAUGCUAGAUUUAAGGACUGGACAGCUAAAGGAAUAACAGUUCUUUGCAACAUAAUGAAAGAAGGAAUACUGUGACAGUAUGUAAAUAGGAUGCUUAAAAUUGUAUCCAAGGCAAGCACAUGCAUGAUAGAGCUAUUUAGAAAAGCAUAUAAUUCAGAUAACGGUAGUAGAAUUAUUACAAGCAUGUAUAAGAGUUUGUCAAAUCUUAAAACAUAUUUGACUUCAAACAUUAAAACAAAAUGGGAGAAGGAAGGAGGGAUAAUUAUAUCUGAGGAAGAAUGGACAAUAAUAUGGAGGUAUCAAUGGAAGUGUACCAGUUCUCAGAAAUGGAGGGAGUUCGGAUGGAAAAACUUGAUAAGAUAUUUCAUUACACCCUCCCAGAAAUCCCAUUAUGAUAGUAACAUCACUGUUUGCUGGAGAAACUGUGGACAUUGAAAUGCAAAUCAUUAUUAUAUUUUUUGUGACUGCCCUGUUAUCAAAAGCUAUUGGAGGGGGAUACACAAUGCCCUACAUGGCAUCGUUAGAUAUGAAAUACCCUUGGGGAGUAAGACCAUAUAUUUUGGAUGUAUACCUCAAUGGUUGAAAAAAGAUAAAUAUUUAAUGAAUAUAUUGUUGGCAGCUGGUAAAAAGACUGUUACUAGGAAAUGGUUAUCACAGGAGAGCCCAACUUUAAAUGCAUGGAUGGAAAUUACAAUGGACAAGAUGGAGAAGAUAAUCAUAAUCUGGAACAAAUUGAUUCAUACUGGGAAAAAUGGUUUAACUACAUAAUCCCUCUAGGCCUGCUUUUAUUCUCACAAAUCAAUGAAUAUGUUAUAAAAAAAGAUCACUCCCUACUUGUACAUAGUUUUUUUUUCCUUUUGCUUGUUUUUUCUUUCACACUUAUAGAAGUGUAUACCUCAGAUAAAUUCUAUGUGGGGAUUUGUGGCAUAUAUGAUUAUAUGAUAUAUAUUUACAAUGUCUGAAAUACAUCUUCUGGAAAUUUUUGUUUUAUGAUGAACUUCAAUAAAAAAAACGAAAAAACA